CGAUUAGUUUAAAGGCGAUUUUGUAAUUCCUACAUUGUGGUUCGCGUAGUUUUAAGUUGUUUAUUCCUUCGAAACGCAAUAGAAAAAAUAUAAAACGCAUUGUUUUUAUUUUGUUGUUAAUUCCUACCUAAUACCAGUAUCGGACAAAAGAUAAAAAAAUUGGCUAAUUUGUCAUCCGUGAGUUAAACGAAAACCAUACACACAAGAAUACAUACGUCUAUGAGCGAGCACUUAUUAUCGAGAAGCCAAAAUUCGUGAUUAAAACAAAGAAAAAACCAAUUAAUUACAAAGCCAACUUAAGCUCACAUUGCUUUUGUUUGGCGGUGGUGUAGAGUGACAGGCUGAGAGAGUCCGGCGCCAUAUCUCCGAAUAACACUGAACAUGUCGCAAAAUCUCAAUACUAUGUCAUCAUCACAUCGUGAUUAUGGUGCCACUUCCAGUACAUCGGCAAAUAUCAUGGCUGGUGGUGGCACAUCCGCGACGGGAACAACAUCAUCAAUACCCGAUGUGAAUUUCUCCGGUUUCAGUCCAACCGAAUUUAUGUCACUCAGCGAAGAUAUUGCUCACAAUAUACAGGCCAUCAAUUCGUCAUACAAGCAAUUGGAUAAGAUUUUACAAAUUAUUGGUACACCUCGUGAUCAACAGUCGACACGUGAUAAGGCCCAUGAUAUUCAUACCAAAGUAAAUCCACACAUUGAGGCAACAACCACUGAUUUGCAACGUUUAACCGCUAUCGUGCGUCGUGGUGACAAACAGCAAAAAUUGCAGCUGGAAAAACUCACCAAUGACUUCUGUAACGUGGUUGAAAAGUAUUCGGCCGUGCAAAAACGCAUUGCCACGGCAAUGCGCCAAACCUAUAACCAAACACAACUGGCCCAAAUGCACGAUCAAAUGCAGAGUGAGCAGCAUGAUUCGGAUAGGCAGGUAUUAUUGCAACGACAAAUGCAAAUGGAACAACAACAAAUGCAAUUCGAGCAUGAUUUAAUGGUGGACCGUGAAAGACAAAUUAAACAAAUAGAGGCUGAUAUUUUGGAUGUUAAUUCAAUAAUGCGUAACAUUAGCACCCUGGUGCAGGCACAGGGUGAAGAUGUGGAACGCAUUGAGACUUCCGUUGAAUAUACCGCCAAUGAAGUUGAACUUGGUCGUGAGGAAUUAGCCAAAGCUGCUAGCCACCGUCAAAGUUAUAGACGUAAAAUUUUAAUACUUUUAGCAAUUGCUGUGAUAAUAGGCUUAAUAGUGACUGGUAUUAUUGUCAGCAAACUAACAAGUUAAACAUUUGAUAUGCGUUUUGCCUUCAUUUAUUGUAUUCUACUAAGUAUUUAUUCAACCUAAGUUUGGGCAUUUUACCAUGCCAACAAAUAGCUUAUCACAUUAUUUUUGUUUGCUAAACUGGGUCCCCUUUUAAGCGUACAUAUGUUAUUUUAUCAAAUGACAUACAAUAAUCACAUCAUAGUUUCCACUAAAACGAAAAAAAGGCAUUGAAAAUGUCCCAUAAAAUACAUAAAUUUACAUUAUUUAUUCAAAUUUAAUUAGGGUAUUUUAUUAGAAUAUUAUCAUUUUCUUUAAUGUCUACACUACACUUGCUGUGUAGUUUUAUGGAAAACAUUAUUUUUUUACAUAUAAUUGAGUGAAAUGUUUUAUUAAUAUCAAACUAAAUGAAAUGAAAUUUUGUUUAAAGAUUUAGAGUGUAGUCGAGAAUGUCUGAAAUUUGUCUUAACUUUUGAUUGUUUUCUCGUGAAGUAUGUACAUAUAUGAGUUCCAGAAAAUUGCCCCGGCAAUUUACAUAAUUUCGAACCUUUGCGAGUACACCCUAUUUCAAAUGUGUCAUCAAAUUGUAACAUUCAAUUUAGCUAAGCGUAUUGCAUUUUGUUGCUCAGUUAUUGUAAAUGCAAAAAAAAAAAACAUGUUUUUUUUUAAUAUUUUAAGAAAUAUGAAAAUAAAAUUAUUAAUAAAUAUGGUGGUCGUCUCUAUAUUUCAAAAACAAA